AUGGCUUCCAAGGCCAUGUGGGAGGUCGAUCCCGAGACGCGAGCCAAGCUGGCCGCGAUCCAAAAGGAGGCCAAGAACAACGUCUGCUGCGACUGCAACGCGCCCUCGCCGCAAUGGGCCUCCCCGAAGUUCGGCAUCUUCAUCUGCCUAUCAUGCGCAGGCGUUCAUCGCGGCCUCGGUGUGCACAUCUCGUUCGUGCGCAGCAUUUCCAUGGACGCCUUCAAGCAAGUCGAGAUCGAACGGAUGCGCCUCGGCGGCAAUGAGAACUGGCGUAACUUCUUCGAGCAGCACGAGGACACCAAGAUGAGGGGCAUCUCGUGGGACGAUGCGACCAUCGCCGAGCGAUACAGUGGAGAGGUUGGUGAGGAGUGGAAGGACAGACUCACGGCCAAGGUCGAGGGCAAGGAGUACGUGCCGGGUGAGAAGAAGGCCGCGCCCGCACCCGUUGCGAAGCCCGUCAGCAGGACCGCCACGCCGCUGGGCGGCACCGACAGUCGCUCCGCCAGUCCCGGCAGGAAGGUGAAGGUGGACGACAAGUACUUCUCCAAGCUGGGCGCCGAGAACGCCUCGAGACCAGACGACUUGCCGCCGAGCCAGGGCGGUAAAUAUGCAGGCUUUGGCAGCUCGCCCAUGCCCGAGAAGAAGGACGGCGGCAUGCCGACGGUGGACGAGCUACAAAAGGACCCGAUGGCCGCUCUGACCAAGGGCUUCGGCUGGUUCACGACCACCGUCUCAAAGACGGCCAAAACCGUCAACGAUGGCUACAUUCAGCCCACAGCGAAACAGCUGGCUGAAUCCGACUUCGCGAGACAAGCACAGGUUGCCGCCGGCCAGGUCGGCCGCGUUGCGCAACAAGGCGCUCGCAACGCCCAUGAUGGCUUCAACCGUUUCGUCGAGGGCCCCGGUGGCCAAGGUGGUCAGGGGUCAAGGCAGGUGCCCAUGGACGAGAGCAAGAAGGAUUUCUGGGACAGCUUCUCGAACCUGGCAGACCAGAGGCAGCAGAACAGCGGUAGCUCCAUCGGAACGUCUGCUAUGGGCAAGAAGACCGGCGGAGGCACGGCUCCUGCUGCGAAGAAGGAUAAUGAUGGGUGGGAUGACUGGUGA